CUGUGGAUGCUGAAUCAGCAUUCACACUAAUAAUAAAGAGUCAAAGAACAAUACUGUGGAUGCUUAAUUAGCAUUCAGACUAAAAAAUAACAGAAUAAAACUUGACUCACCUAAAAAAAAGAAUCCUCAUUCAUAUAUGUCAUGUGACAGCCUAAUUCCUAUGACAUCAUACUACGAUGGUUCUUUCAGAUUAAAGGCGCAUAUAUGCCUUUGAUCCAAAAGGCAUAAAUAGGGGUGCAAUCCUAAACUUUUAGUCCGUUUGUUCGCAGCACUCGUGUUCGCAGCAUUCAAAGUACGCCUUAGAAACAUUUUGAAACAGUUGGCUCUUUUACACAGUCAUUUUAUCAAGACUACAACAUGUCUGAAAGAAAACACAGCAAAAAACCACAAGCUUACGCUGGCUGUCCUCUCGAGGGUGCACAGCCAAAUUCCCCAGAUGACGUUUUAUCCGUCCGAAGGGCAUCUGCUGAAAGUAGGCAGGUAAACCAAACUCUAGAGGACAGGAUUAAACAAAUCCAAGCAGAGAAGAUUCAACUUGAAGAGCAGUGCAGACAAAUGGAGACCCAAAAUAAACAGCUGGAAGAAAGGCACAAUGGAUUUGUCAAGAACCAACAAGUCUUGCAAGUAAAGCUUAAUGAAGCACUGCACAGAAAUGCAGAAAUGGUUCAUGAGAAGAAAGAACUGGACACUAAAUACAGAGAACUGGAGGCCCGAAAUAAAGACAUGGAAGAAAGGCACAAGGAAAGUCUCAUGAACCAACAGAAGCAGCCCAACGUGGACAUCAUAAAUGAGGGCUGGGGAGUAAUGUUUAAUCAAGCUAAGCAGCGCAUUGUAAGCCUGAUGUCAGAAAAGAAGCAGAACAUCUGUGAGUUAAGAACAAUGUCCUACCAGCUUCAACAAGCACAAGCUGUUAAUCAGGAGAUCUAUGGGAAUCUCGAACACGCUGUCAACCUGAAUCAGCAGCUGCAAGUACAGCUUGAUGAAGCAUUGGAGAAAAACGAAGAGUUUCUUCAAGAGAAGAAACAGCAGGACAUAAAGGAGAAACAGAUGGAAUGCAAACUUCAGAACAUGAAGAAACAAAAUGAAGUUUUGCAAGUAAAGAUUAAUGAAGCACUGCACAGAAAUGCAGAAAUGGUUCAUGAGAAGAAAGAACUGGACACUAAAUACAGAGAACUGGAGGCCCGAAAUAAAGACAUGGAAGAAAGGCACAAGGAAAUGCUCAUGAACCAACAGAAGCAGCCCAACGUGGAUAUCAUAAAUGAGGGCUGGGAAAUAAUGUUUAAUCAAGCUAAGCAGCGCAUUGUAAGCCUGAUGUCAGAAAAGAAGCAGAAGAGCUGUGAGUUAAGAACAAUGUCCUACCAGCUUCAACAAGCACAAGCUGUUAAUCAGGAGACCCAUGGGAAUCUCGAACACGCUGUCAACCUGAAUCAGCAGCUGCAAGUACAGCUUGAUGAAGCAUUGGAGAAAAACGAAGAGUUUCUUCAAGAGAAGAAACAGCAGGACAUAAAGGAGAAACAGAUGGAAUGCAAACUUCAGAACAUGAAGAAACAAAAUGAAGUCUUGCAAGUAAAGAUUAAUGAAGCACUGCAGAGAACUGCACAAGUGCUUCAUGAGAAGAAACAACUGGAAACUGAAUACAGAGAACUGGAAGGCCGAAAUAAAGACUUGGAAGAAAGGCACAAGGAAAUGCUGGUGAACCAACAGAAGCAGCCCAACGUGGAUAUCAUAAAUGAGGGCUGGGGAAUAAUGUUUAAUCAAGCUAAGCAGCGGAUUGUAAGGCUGAUGACAGAAAAGAAGCAGAACAGCUACCAGCUUCAACAAGCACAAGCUGUUAAUCAGGAGAUCUGUGAGAAUCUCGAACACGCUGACAACAAGAAUCAGCAGCUGCAAGUACAGCUUGAUGAAGCCCUGGAGAAAAACCAAGAGCUUCUUCAGGAAAAAGAGCAACUGGAAAAAAUGCAGAAAAAGACACAACUUAUUCUCCAAGACUUAAAAAGGAAAAAUCUAGAACUACACGCAUGUCAUAAUGAAAUGAGGGAGAAAACCAUUGAACUAGAAGGAGAAAGGGGAAAACUGAAAAAACAAUGCUCAGGCAUGCAGUAUAGGAUCAAUGACAUGCUGAGAAAGAACGCAGAGCUCAAGGAACUUAAUAACAAGUUGAAGUGCAAAAACAAUAACAUGCAGGUUCAAGAGCAAGAACUGGAGAAAGCGCAUAAUGACCUGAAGUGUACGCUUCAAGAAAUCCAGAGCAGAAAUGAGGAGUUAAAAGACAUGUACAACAAAGUACAGCAGAGGAAUACAGACAUGCACGAGGAAAAGCUAAUACAGGAGGCAAAAUCUAAAGAUCUGAAAGAAAAGCUUGAAGAAAAACAAGCACAAUUAGAAGAACUGGAGAAAAAAUGCAAGAAACUUGAGGAGGAAAUUACAGUAACAACCGAAGAACUGAAAACCCUCAUCCUACAGAAAAAAGAGCUCCAGGAACAGUGCCUGAAAAAGAAGAAGAAACGCUUCUGGUUUUUCAGGAGGAGGGACCCUCCUGUUUCCUCACUUGAUUAUAAGGUGGUGUAGCCUGGUCUUCCUCCACCGCUUUUCUAUCUCC